CAGCAGUCAUGUCCAACGAGCCGCCCCCUCCAUAUCCUGGGGGCCCCACCGCCCCCCUUCUGGAAGAGAAAAGUGGAGCCCCACCCACCCCAGGCCGAGACUCCCCUGCAGUGGUGCAACCCCCACCAGGCAUGCCUCUGCCUCCAGCAGACAUCGGCCCUCCUCCCUAUGAGCCUCCUGGUCAACCAGUGCUGCAGCCCAGCUUUGUGCCCCCCCACAUGAACACAGAUGGCACCUUUGUGCCUCCAGGUUUCUACCCACCUCCAGGCCCUCACCCAACCAUGGGCUACUACCCAGCAGGGCCCUACCCACCAGGCCCCUACCCUGGCCCAGGGGGCCACACAGCCACGGUCCUGGUGCCAUCAGGGGCUGCCACCACAGUGACAGUGCUGCAGGGAGAAAUCUUCGAGGGCACUCCCGUGCAGACAGUGUGUCCUCACUGCCAGCAGGCCAUCACCACCAAGAUCUCCUACGAGAUCGGCCUGAUGAACUUCGUGCUUGGUUUCUUCUGCUGCUUUAUGGGAUGUGACCUGGGUUGCUGCUUGAUUCCCUGCCUCAUCAAUGACUUCAAGGACGUGACCCACACCUGCCCCAACUGCAAAGCCUACAUCUACACGUACAAGCGCCUGUGCUGA